AUGGAUGAUAAGUAUAGGCUAGUUAGGAAGCAUAGUGAGCUAUGGAGAACAUUGAGAGAUGGAGAUUUUGAGGAAGAAGAAAUUUGGGAUGUUGUGAAAGAAAGAGAAGAUUACACAUGUGAAGAAGUUUUUCACCACAAGGCAAAGAACAAAGAACUAUCUUCUUUUCCGAUUCCGAUUGGUUCGAGAACGAUUCCGAUUCCAAGGACUAGUAGUGAGAGUAGUAGCGCGAAUUCGUCUCAUGAGACAAAAGGUUUUCAACAAUCAUCGGCGCCGGUUAAUAUUCCGGAUUGGUCUAAGAUUUAUGGUGGUGGUGAGAAGGUGAACAAGAGUGUUAAGAAUGUUUCAAGGUAUGGUAAUGAUAAUUAUGGUUACUAUGAUGAUCAUGAAGGUGGUGAUGAUGAAGUUUUGAAGCAUGGUGGAGAAGGUAGUGAUGAAGAUGAAGAUGAUGGGGAGAAUGGUACUAGGCUGCCACCUCAUGAGAUAAUUGCAAGGAGGCUUGCAAGGAGUCAGAUUUCUUCAUUUUCUGUUUUUGAAGGUGUUGGUAGGACACUUAAGGGUAGGGAUCUUAGCAAAGUGAGGAACUCUGUCCUCAUAAAAACUGGUUUUCUUGAAUCAUUGUGA